UUUGUAUUUUCAUUUCAUUUUUCAAUUUAAUAAUUUACAUUUAAAGUAAUACUACUUAGGAUUAAAAUACCAUUAAUUAUUACUAACUAAGAACAAAAAUGAAAGCAUGUCGAUUUUGCCUUCAAUCCGAUGGAAUAUUAUGCGAAUUACAAAACUCGGACGCUCAAAAUUUUAUUGAAGAAAUAUUUAAACAAAAUGGAUAUCAUGGCUUCAUUUCAAGUAACUACGUAUGUUAUAUGUGCAAGUUUCUAUUGAAUAAAAGUUACAAAUUCGUAAAAAAAGCACUGAGAGCUCAACAGAUACUUAAAGAUAUAUUGGAGAACAAUAAUGAUAUUACAAUUGCAUCCCUCAAAAAGAUAGACAGACACAAAUUAGAGCUAGACGAAAACCUUGUCUGUCAAGAAAAUUCCGUAAACUAUUGCUUUUGGGAAGAGAACGAUGGUAAAGCCAAAACUAACUUCAGCGUAGAGGCAAUGGAGAAUGUGUGCAUUACGAAAAAGGAAGACGUAUACGGCAGUGAAACGUUCUUAACACCCAUAGAUUAUUAUCCAGAAGCUGUGUACGGAAGUGAGAAUAAACAAGUCCACGAUUUCGGACUUAUCAAACAAGAAAACGUACACAAAAUAGAAAUUAAAAUAGACGUCCAAAAUAUACAGAGUGAGCAUCUUGAUAAUGACGACGAUACAAAAGUCAAAAUAGAUACAGAUGAUUACGAUGAAAAACCCUCAUUUAAUAAUAGUGACGAUGAUUCUGAUGAUAAAGAAAUUCUACGAGACGUUCUUACUAGAAAAUGUAAAAAGGAAGUUCCUGCUACGAAAAACAAAAAGAGAAAACCUGCAAAACCUAAGCAAAAGAGAAUCAAGAAAGAAAAACGCGAUUAUAGGAAAUACCCCAUGAAAUGUGAUGAUUGUGAGCACAUGGUGCAGUCCAAGAUGGAGCACUUCCACCAUUACCUGGCGUUCCACAAGGACCGCCAGUACCCGUACCGGCGGGAAGGCACCUACAUGUGCCAGCACUGCGGUAUUGUUAAGACGACAUACUCCCAUCUGUCCCAGCACGAGUUGACUCACGGAGAAAAGAACGUGGAAUGCAAGGAGUGCGGCAAAAAGUUCCAUAACCUGGUGCGGUUACAACGCCACGCCAGGCGGCACGAGGCGGUGCCACGAUUCCGCUGCCACUUCUGCGGGAAAGGAUUCUAUGCCAGGGAGGACAUACAGCUGCAUAUUAGGACCCACACAGGCGAGAAGCCGUUCCAGUGCUGGCUGUGUCCCGCGCGCUUCGCGCACCGCGGCAACGUCUCCGUGCACGUGCGCAACGUGCACCAGCGCGACGCCGUGCGCGCGCCCGACGCUAGUGCCAGUCAUACACUGACAGCUGACAGGAGACUUGUCACGCCCCACACGCUGACAGCUGACAGGCGGCUUGUGACGCCGGCGUCAGUGUCGCCGACAGAUAGUUUAUAGAGACCAAGCGAUUAUGAACCUUGACGCCGGCGUCGGUGUCGCCGACACACAGCUUAUAAAGACCAAGCGAUUAUGAAACAUAUGACGCUAGCGCCAGCCACACGUUGGCCUAGGCCGACAGGCGGCUUGUCACGCCGGCGUCUGUGUCACCUACGGACAGCUUAUAAAGAAAACUUAUAAAACUCUUAAAAACUUAUAAACUCAUUUAUUUCUGCAAAAAAGCAUUUUUACACGUCCCAUAUAUUAGACAGGCGAUUAUGAACUUUAUGACGCUGAUGCCAGUCAAACACCGUGGAAUAGCCAGCCAGUAAAAUAUCAUUCUGAACCUUCUGAUGCUA